CCGCCUGUGCAUUGCGCGACGGCGCCUGUGUGCUCGGCCGGCUGCGCGCAUCGGCGUCGGAAUCGUACGGUGUCACGUGUCGCAGCACCCUAUGCGUCGGCGAAUGCUCCGUGUCGCGUGUCAGGAACGUGCGCGGCGUCGUAGGCGCAUGUGCUGCCUCCGCGCGAUUGACCAGUUUCGUCGGCUGUGCUCUCUGCCUGUCGGUAGGCAAUGUUGGCGGCGAAAACUCCUCUGGCGGCAGCAGUCCGCUGGCGUCAGCUGCUCAGCGAAGCCAUUCCCAGGCUGUUGGAUUUUUCCAGCCGCUCUAUCACUGUCUGCCCACCCACCAUCGCUGCAUCCUGCUGCCGCAUGGCCUCCGGCGUUGCAUCCCGCCCGUCCCACACCGAGAUGCUGCGCUGCACCUGCCGCCUGCCCACUGCUGCCAGCACUGAUGCGCUCGAUGCAAACAGCGAGUCCGGCGGCAGGUCGUCGUCUGACAGCUGCAGGUCUGAGAACAUCUCCGCAUGAUCCCGCAUGAUCUCCGAGAGCCGCGGGUUGCUCAGGUCGUAUGUGUCGCCGAACAGAUCGUCCGCGUCCAUGAUCGGUUUGAACGACGUGUUCUCAGCCGCACUGCCAUUAUCGAGUUCCGCC